AUGGCCAUUCUGGCUCGUCUCUGCCGCGAGGCCGACAUCGAUGUGCGCACGUGGUACGACGAGGGCGGACUCCUCCGCGAGGCCGCCGUGCUCUGCCAUGGUCAGUCAAUUCGGUGGACAAAAGCAGUCCCGAAACGCGCCGUACAACUUCUCCGUGAGCGGGGUGGGGCGAUCUCUUCCGCUUCUCAAGAUCAAAACCGCGAGUCUACGGCCGACGACGUCGCUCAGCAUACAGCAGGAAACCACAGAAGCGACGACAAGAGUCUGGGAAGCACGAGCAUGAAGCUACCGACAUCUCCGUUGCGCCAAGUCUACUCUUCUCCUUUGUACGGGCCGAACCAGGUUUCUGUGAUCCAUCAUGAGUACAUCCGCGCAUCCACCGUCAGCUCCAUGCGAGAUCGCGACUACGACGACAAAUUUAGUAACUUUGACACCGACGACGAUGAGCCCCCCUUCACCAACAUUGGAAACUACGGGGACAGCGCAGAAUCCGUCCUGGAAGUCGCUGAUGCUGUCCAAGACGACGAUGCCGAGUCAGCGGCAGAAGCCAACCACGUCAUCGACUCCCCCGUCGGAAAUCCAUCAGAGGAAGCUAGCAUCGCGACACUAAAAAAUCUGCCCAUCGCAUUCAAGGCUCUCCCAAAAGCAGUCAAUCAACUGAAUAAUAGGGAUCGGUUGACUGACGACAGCGUACUCUUGCAGCACUGGAUUCUCCUCGACAUUUGCUCCGCCGACCGUUACGUCCGCAGAUACGGCUCCAUCUCGUCGUUGGGUGCCUCGCCGGAGGUCAAAGAGGCGGUUGUUGCCUGGCUAGAUGCCCUCAACAGGACGACGAUACCAGCUCUGGCGCCUUUUCUCUCCUUGGGAUGCAACACCUACUUGCGGGUAACCUCACCCUGGCGGAUCUCGAUAGAAAAGCCGCCAAUCCACUCCAAAGUCCCUCACUGGCUUGUACAAAUCAGCACCGGUUUCCCGCAACCGCAGACACAAUCGCCCGCCAUAGUGCCUCGCCCUCCCCAACCGAAGGCACGGUCGGCGGGAGCUGCAGAGGCUCUCGGCACCCUGACCAAGGCACUGAGCAAUGAACGCACGUCGCAGGCGGAGGCUCAGUCAAGCUACGAACAGAUGGCGAAGUGGGCGGAAAGUGUCCUGCAGACCUCCUCUCAGAUGACCCAGCGAGUUGCCGAGCCCGGCGACACCACUUCAUGCCGAGACGCGUUCCAAAAGACCAAAUAA